GUUGUCAUAUGUGGUUCGUACGAUGUAAAAGAACAAUGAUAUCAAUAUUACAUUCCAAUAAUUGAAAAUUGUGAUUAAUUUUAAAAAGAUAUUUUUACGGACUUCAUUCAUUCAACUCAGAAGGAAGAUAGAAGUGCAAUAGUCGCGGGAGUAUCGCAGUCGUCUCGUUUCUGCUGCAUCGAUCGAUUGAUCGGAGGCAACCUCGUAAACAAAAAUCGAAGGAAAGAGAUCGAGAAAGGAUCGACUGUUUUGGAAGUUUAACAACGAAUCAUGCGAUACGGUCGAGAUCAAGUGAUAACAUCGUGUGACACGAGAAAGAAAAUUGUGCGUUGAUAAGAAACAUUCGUUCGUUGUUCGUGAAUCCGAAUUUUGUGCUAUUGUGCUAAGUCGACGACGAGUAACGACGACGAGUUACCACAUUUCAAUGGUAUGAUGGCGUUAGUAGUAGUGACGAUGGUGAUCAUAGUGGUAGUGAUGACAACAGCGUCGAUGACGAUACACGACUCAAGUCUAUGAAUUGAGGAUCACCAUUCUCUCCCUCGGGUCGUGGCUUGUGGAUUAAGAAGCUUUCAGGCUUCCCACUGAAGGUUGGAGAAACUGGUCGGUCCGUCGUGGAUUUGUGGGGAUGUUAUGUGAUCGGGUUACGUGUUCCAAUAGUGGUCCUCGAAGGCUACCCGAGGAGGAUAACUUUUAUCCAUGGUUCAGCUUCGACGAGCUUAUGAGCCAUGAAGAAGAUACGCGGUUGAGAACCGAGGACCGGGAAGAAGACGACGAGAAGGAGUUUGAAGAACGUCCAGUAAUGUCUUCGGUUUCGAUUAACAAACUCCAGAUUUUGUGGGAUCAUUUCAUACAUGCAGAACCGCAAAGCUACGAGAAAUCAUGCUGGCUGGACAUAUUUCUUGCAGAAUUUCUUGCUCAAAUAAAAGAAGGCCGAGAAGUGAAAGAUGCCCUAUCGUUUUGCUCCGUCGGCGGUGGUGGCGUAUCUACCCUCAUAGCUUGCGAGUUGCUCUCGGACGUUCAUGAACUUUGCGCGAAAAGGAUCGACGGGGACGAGCUUGCCAGACUGAGAAAGUAUUUGGCGCAAGAUCGUGGCUGGCGUUGUUUGGCCACUCUACACCUGCUCGGUGUACGGGGGCUCUCCUGUGGACGAGAAUUCGUGGCUCUGCUCAUCGCUCUGUACCCGGUUGUUCUUCAAGAGGAAGCAAAUCGGGAUAAUAACAAGGAUAAUACCGUUUCAUCCGCCGCGAUCCUCCCCGCGCGAAAUCCUUACGUAAAAUUCUAUCCGAACGACGAGGACACUGUGGAUACGAUUGAUAUUGUGUCGCACGUGAAACGGAAAACGUCGAGAUCGGGUCGAGGAGGGAUUUUUCACGAGGGCAAUGCGCCGUCGUCGAGAUCGAGGAAGGCGGCUAGUCGUAGGUACAGCGGCAUGGCUACGAAAUCACUGCUGUCCAGCGCUCGCCACAAGCAAAAAUCGUUGUCGUGCGGUGUUUCGUACGAGCUUCCUCGUCGCGACACGGCCGAGAGCUGCGGGAGCAGCGAGUCCGAAUUCGUGACGGAUGGUGUGGAUCAGUCCCGUUCUCUCACGUUGAAGAUCCGCCUGAAUCCAAUGGAUUUCGAGUACUUCACUUCCGUAGUGAGAAGCGACGAGGAGCAGAAAUGGGAGACGCCCCUCUACGAGCUCCCCACCCGGCCGGCUAAGAAAACACCGAAGGAUUACGUGGACGAGCGUAUCGAGAGCGUUCUGGACUCGAGGAUCAGCAAUUUCGAGACGAGUCUUUUGAUCAUUCAGUUACUUCAAGGAUUGCGCGAUCACGAUACACCUGCCGAGCAAACACCCGCUGUACAAGUUCUCAAGUUUGCCCUAGACACAUUGUGGUCCCUUCAAUUCGGUAUAGAUGGUGGAGGAUUGACAGGAACCGAGUGCGCUACGUUGAAAGCUUCGGCAGCGAGGUUAAUGCUCACGGCGUUGGAACGCGUGUUGAGGGCGAACGAGCCGACCACCGCCGUCAUCCACAAUGGUUUGUUGCCCAUGACUUUGAGACUGCUCGAGGAUGCUUGCAGCAAACCGGUGAACGUGGUCUCGCCUGGAGAGGGCUCCCUCCUGCAAGAGUUCAUUUUCGCCACCAUAUACGGAGUGAUAACGUUUCUUUAUUGUUUGCUACAUCAACAAGGCGCCACGACAGAGAAAUUGUCAGACUUUUUAGAAUUGUUUCAACUGUUCACCGAGAGCCAGGAUGGGAGGCUAGUGGAGAGAGCAAUUUUUGCGAUUCUUGAUUUACCGAGCGUCGAUCCGUCGAGGUCGGUAACUCGUGCUCGAAAAAUCAUCGAUAUGAUAGGUGCGUUAACGAGUAGUUUGAAAUCCGUGCGACGUGAUAUCUCUCACGUAGCAAAUUGCAACAAAGGAAAACACAAAUCUUGCAUCAACAACGUUCAGAUUUAUCACCAUUCGGAUAUAUUUGGUGCCUCGUACUCUCAACCGAUCGUCGGCACGGUAAUGAAACAAGCAUGUUGCAUCUCCUCCCUUUUCAUGAUACUCACCAAUCUUCUUAAACACUCUCAUCCCCUGGUCACCGAGUUACAAGUUAGAUUGAUCAAAGUUUUUACCGCGGCAGGCACGUGUUGCUGUUUCCCACCGAGCAUACUCAUGAUCAGUAUCGCCGCACUUUUGAAGAAACGUGAUCCGCCAACUUACGUCACGGCUGUCGCAUUUUUAGAGCGUAUCCUUUUCAAAGAGCUCGGUGGUUACGCAGAAACGGAAGUGUGCGCCAUCUGUGACAGGCCCUCGACCUAUUCUUGGAACUUUUUGGCAAUGUACGCGGAUUUGUUGACACCGGACGAUCCAAAAUUGUGCCACACCGUAAUGGCGCACCUAUUAAAAAUUGGCCCAUGCUCGAAAUUCCAUAUUAGGCGGGAAUUACUCAUAAAAGUUUUCUAUCCGAUCUUCUUGAGAGCAAAGACGUAUUACACGGCCGAUCGAGAAAAUACGAUCGCCAAGUUUCUCGUUCAAUCUUCCCUAUGUGCUAUGUCGUGCUUGAUGGUAAAUGCACAAAUGUGCGAGGCAUUCAACGAGAUUAACGGAUUGGAGGAAGCAUUGAUCUUGCUGUCUGACGCCACUUUUACAAGGAACGUUUACGCUCUGUUAGAAAUCACCGUCAUUGUGGAGAUAUGGAAGACGAAUUUUUCCAAAUCCGAUUCUUUCGACAAUACGGAAAAAUUCGCGGUUCGAUCCCUGUUCAAUUCACUCGAGACAGAAACUAUUCAAUUAUUAUCCGUUUUCACAAAUUCGAUGGAUACUCUCGUUGAUGGCAAACAGACUCGAUCAAAUGUUCGGGAUAUCGAAGAAACAAACAUCGUCGUAGCGGAGGAAUCAAGCAUAUUCCAAGAACAACAGGUUGUAGAGAGAAAAUCGUCCGAUACGAUUUCAUGGGUAGCAAAAGUAUUUGACAGUGCCGAGAUCGGUACAGCGUGUCAGGAUCAGAGAAUAGGCGCGAUCAAAAAAAUGAAUCUGUAUCAGGCUAGCGUCGCGUGGAGAGCCGCAGCUGGAGUGGCGCUUUGCAGUCCAAAAUUUCGAGCUCAAUUAUCGUCACACUCUGUGUCGCAAAAAUCUUUGCAGCUUUUCAUAAUGCUAGCUGUACAUAUAUCCACGGAUAGCAUCACGGAUAUCAACAAAUCGGCUCACAGACUCUUCGAGGCUUUGCUCACGUGUUGUUUAACAUCCCCGUUGUGUGACCGAGAUAUAAUUAUGGAAUUGGGAAAAGCUCUGAUGAACACGGGAAUUAAAUUAGGUCGUGGAUUAACCAUCAUCGUGGAAGUAUUAUUGAAAGUCUCUAUGUUAAAACCAGCACAAGAAGAGACUAUACCUCAAUAUACUCGUCCUAGGUUACCGUCAAUGACACUAGAUUCGAUACCAGAUUGUGCCGCCGAUGAUAGUAGUACAGGUGAAUACGUGACUGCUGAUGAUGGUUACGAAGCAGAUGUAGAAGUACCAGCGCAAAGCCUUCACAGUAAUACCGUAAAAAGAAGUAAUUCGUUGGGACCGGUGAUUGAACCCAGAGGCCAUGCAAAUGCUCAUCCAGCGUUAUGUUUGUUGGCAGUUGAUUUGUUAAUUCAUUUCAGCGAACAAGGUUUGGAUGUUGAAACAGCAUCCAUUAUAACUACUGGAUUAAGGAAAGUUGCAGUCACAUGUAGAGAAAGUGCCUCGAGUUGUGCCGCUCUUGCGGGAGCAGGAGUAAUUAAAAAAAUGUUACAUGGCUUUAAACAUAUAUUUACUAGUAGAGAUAGUGAAUAUCAAGAUUUGCAACAUGCUGUACUAGAAGUGUUUACUUUGUUAGCAACACAAUCAAUUUCACCAACGGAACUAGUCAUGUAUUUAUCUUUAUUCAAAGUUGACACGCCACCACUACUAUCGUUGCUGGAACCACUUUUUCAUCUAAUUCUAGCUGCACGCCCGCAACCUAACUUCAUCAUAUCUUUUCCUGUAUCCUCUGAUAAUAAAAUAUUAUCGAAAAUUCAAUCAGAAAAAUAUAAAAAUUUGGAAAAGGUAGAAAAUCUCGUAAAUAAUUUCCGAAAAAAACAUUUUACAUCGGGAAUAUGCAGUCCGUGGUCUGUACAUGCAACAUGUUUACCAAUUGGCCCAGAAUUAGCUUGGCCUGUUUGGUUACAUGGUUGUUCUGUUUCAAUGUGGUUGAGGGUUGAAAGAGGAUUACCCGUUAGUGGCAAAGGAACAUUGAUUAGUACUUCACCGUUACUCGAUUCAGAUAAUGAAAGUUUAUCGGAUUGGGGUAUUCUAUCUGACAAUUGGAGUCGCGAAGACCAUUCGAUGUCUGAUCUUUUCUUGGGUACAUCAGUCGUAGCAGGUUCCUCAUCUCCUCCUACACCUACAUCGAUUAUUCAUAUGAUAUCCAUCGGAUUCGAGUCUCUGGUGCUUGAAACAUGGUUGGAUCUUAAAUCAGACAAAUUAAUUUUACGAUUAACUCGACCGGAUGACAAAACGAAUCGAACUAUCUCUGAAACAUCUGUAACUGGUAUGCUUCCUUCGGGUCAAUGGCAUCAUUUAGCAUUGAAUUUUAAAGACACGGUUCUAAAUAAACAUAGCGCGGUGGUCCAGGUUGUACUUUGGGUAGAUGGUUGGAGAGAAAUCAAUGCGCAAUUACCAUUUGAUGGAUUGUUAGUGAGAAAACCUGGAACUACAUGUAUCCUGUUAGGACAACUUGGAUCUAGUACUAUCGGUGCCUGGUAUCUUGGAAAUUUAAUGGUAUUCAGGUGUCCAGUAUUUACUAAAGAAAAAGCAUUGUAUCUGGCAAGUUUAGGACCUAAUUACACUAAUCUCGCGGAAUGUAUCUUAAACACAGAUAAACCAGAUUUUACAUCAUUAAUUGUAUCUGGCGCUUUAGAUGGUAUCCGAGAAAUAAAAUUUGAAGGAGGAAAAUUUGAUACAAGUCGAAGGAAAUCGUAUGGCGGAACGUAUUUAAGACACGCUGUUGAAACUAAAAUAUCAGAGGCCAAAAUUGAUUGGGAUUCAGUUAUGGAUGCUACAAAUUCACAUUUGGGUGAAUUGCAAGAUAAUUUACUUCUUAAUUACGAGGCUCAAAAUCCUAACAUCGUUCAUUUAUAUCCUCAGGCUAUCGCAAAUCCAGCUGCUGUUGUAAGAAAUCUAUUUCCGGGUCAACCUGGUUUUAGAGUUGUUUCUGCACCGGAACAUAGAGUAUCACAGCAACCACCUUUAUCUGUGGCCCCUAUACUUUCCGCUCGGUUAGAAUGUCAACAAUAUCGAGGUCUUGUACCUGCUGCCAUUUUAAUAGGCGGUAUACCUGUAUUUUUAUAUUUAUUCGCAAGAGUAGUUGAAUUAAAAUCUAAAGAGGAAGAACAAGCAUUAGCUCUUUCAAUAAUUCUACACUUAAUACGAAAUGAUUCCGAAUUUUUAAAUCAAUAUCGAUCAGAAGGUGGAACAUCCUUAAUCCUACGCAUUUUAGAAUCAUCACGAUGUCACGCAGGUAGACAUAUUCUGAAAGCAAUGUUAGAUGCAGCUUGUGAUAGUUCGAUCCUAAUAAAAGAUAUCGGCAGCGGCAAUCAUUUGGUCUCACAAAAUUGCGAAGCUGUCAUCACGGAUCCCGAAUUGAUCAAAGGUGCAUUGACCGCAUGGAGAAUAUGGGCCAAACAUGAUACAUUAAACUUGCUAUUGCAGGCAUUGUUAUUAUUAUUAAAAGAUCAACAUUCACAACGUGAGUUUAAUGCAUCUCAAUUAAAUAGGAUUGGAGUCGUUGAUACUGUCUUAACAUUAUGCAAGGAGCAUUUUAUGUAUGAAGAAUUGGGUGCUACACUUGAUUCCUCAACCGGAACUGCAGUGGUUGAAUUGAUUAGAGCACUUAUGGGAGCACCUCCAGAAUUUGCUCAUUUAGUAGCUAUUACUGAUUACUUAAUUCUGGUUCAUCAAGCAUCCGAAACUUAUAUUACACACUCGAGACACAAUAUAUAUUUUUUAUUACCUCCUAUAGGGGAAAAGAAAAUUGUGAAUAUUACCUCUACAAUAACUUCUAGUUCUUCAGAUGAAUCUAUAAAGACUUUUGAAAACAAUAAAUUGAAUAAAGGUUUAACAAAUUCACAGAUUCAGAAAAAUAGAAUGUCUAAAAGAAAAGAACGUCGAAAUGGACCUUCUCAGGAUACUAGUGCUGGAGAGGAUUCAGGAAUCGCAGCUAGUGAUGGAUCUAAUCCUUUUGGUAAUGAAAGGCAAUCGAUAUGGACUGACGAAAAAAAAGCUUGUCAAAGUCUAGUUUGCGAAGGACUUUUAUUAUUACUUCGUGACGCAGUUAGAGUUUUACCUGAUAGUCAAGUUGGAUCGGUUUUAAAACAUGUUUUAAGAGCUGAACUUUUACUUGUAUUGGCUAAUAAUCCGGAUACUAGAGUUCGUACCGCGUUAAUUAAGCUCGUUCAAACAUAUUUACAACGUGCUAGUGAUGAAGAAGUCAACAAAUUUAUAAAACAAAAAUAUUUUAUACAUUUAGCAAAUCAAAUAGCAUUAUAUCCUGGAAGUGAAUCAUUAAUAAUUGCUUUAGAAAAUUUGGCUUUGCGAGGUCCAACUCUGGCUGCAAUGCCUCCAUUACUGGCUAUAAUAGCUAAAACAACAGUUAGUGAAUCAAAUGUAGCCAAACCAAUAAUAUCAUUUAUCACUGAUAUAAUUGCAAAGAAUCCCACUGCUCUGAGAUCUCUUUUAGAACAAGGUUUAAUUGAAUCUUUAGUACAAGCAUUAGUAGGAGGUGCUCAUAAAGGUGGUUCUACAUCUCUUUAUAGAGAUAUUCAUGUACUUCUCGUUACCAUUGCUACAAAACUUUUGGAAUCUCCAGGAAAUCAUCAAAUGCAGGCUAUUUUAGAUUUGCAUUUAAUAUUAAACCAUAUGGAAUUGAAAGAAAGAUCUCAUUGCAUUAAAAACAGAACAUGUGUGUCAAUUGUAAGAGAUGCACAAGUAGCACUUUUUGAUGGAGAACUCGAUGUGCUUACAGCAAAAGUUUCAAAUCAAUCAAGUUUUCGAUUACGUAGUACUGCAUCAUAUUUAGCUUCAGCUUCCCAUAUAACUUCAGUUUUCACAACGUCUAGUAAUCAAAGUGAUGGUUCUCGAUCAUCUAGUUACACGAGUUUGCAUACACCUACUGUUGUAACUACCCGUGAACCAAGCAAAGGAGAAUUACUCGAACGAUUUCGUAUUAUUCUUACGCGUGCUGUCGAAUUUAUAACUGCAGCGGAUGAAUCACCUUCUGGAAACGAGUUACAAUUAACUAAAAGAUUAUUAUCAAUUUUAUUACAUGGUUUUUGUAAUCCAUUACAAAAGAGAAAUCAUUGGAGCAGUGGAUGGUCAACUAGACAUGUUUUAAGAAAAUAUACAGCUAAAAUAAUGGUAUGGUUACUUGGACCACAUCAGAGUAAUAAUACUAGGAUUUUUGCUGUCAGAUCAUUAAUGGAAGAACCAAAAACUCGAGAAAUUCUAUCCUCGCUUCUCGAAGUUCAUCCACAAGUAGAACAAAAAUUUACUGUAUUUUUUUGGGAUCUUUUACAACGACGAGAUGAAAUGCCUAGUGCCGAUGCUAGAAUAUGUUUAGAAUUAAAAGAAGCUUUGAAUAUAUGGAAUUUGGCAAAAGGUAUAGAGCAAGCUAGUCCUGGAAUAUGGAACGAAGAAUUAACAUUGCUUAGGAGAGAAUUAAUGAGAGAUCGAGAUAUAUGGAUUGAUAAUAAUCUGCCUGCAAUUCAAAGAAUUGCCAAUAGGUUUGAUGUACUUGCCAAACAAUUAACAGAAAGUGCAAUGGCUAUAACGCGUACAGUUGUAGAAGAACAAAAUCGAGAACGUAAAGUAUUAAUGGAAAGACUGAAACAUUCAAGAGCAAUGGAAGCUCAAGCAAUUGCUAAAUGGAGAGAUUUAGCAAGACGUUUAACACAUGAAAGAGCACCUUGGUUCUUUUCAAAUAGCUAUCCAAAAAGUUGGGAAUUGGAUCCUACAGAAGGUCCUGCCAGAGUUAGAAUACGAUUACAACGAUGUCAUUUAAACAUUGAUCGAAGAUUUUUCUUGAAUGAAUAUCAAGAUAAACUAGAUACAAUGGAAGUUGAAGCACCUUUAUCUUAUUUAUUUACGACUAAUCGACAAGAUGCAAAUGCUACAGCAUUAAUUGAGCGAUUGCAUACUAGCGAGAGAAUACGUAAAAUGUCUCAAGCAAAAGUAGUUACACCUAGAGCUGAAUUAGCUGGUGAAGUUCUCAUUGGUGAAACGUGUCUUUAUUUUAUUCCUGAUAAUCCUGAUGUUCUGUUACACACUGAUAUAGCUUUAGGUGGUUUGGAUUUAGCUAUGGUGGGUGGAACUGCUUGGCGUCUCGAGGACAUUCGAGAACUGCAUAAGAGAAGAUAUCAAUUGCAAGAAAGAGCUAUUGAAAUAUUCCUUAUUACUGGAAGAACUUAUUUAUUAGCAUUUAAUUCUUCAAAGGAAAGAGAUGAGUUUGUAACGGAGUUAUCUACUUGUAAUUUACCGAGACGAAUACCAGGAGAUGAUUUAAGUGAAUCUAUUUCAUUGUGGAGAAGUGGAGCAUUGACAAAUUGGGAAUAUAUUACUUGUCUAAAUAAAUUAGCUGGUCGUUCAUAUAAUGAUUUAAUGCAAUAUCCUGUAUUUCCAUUUGUAUUAGCAGAUUAUAUAAGUGAAAAAAUUGAUUUAAAUAAUCUAAAGAUUUAUCGAAAUUUCAAACGUCCUAUGGCUGUGCAAGAUAAAAAGAAUGAACAGCAUUAUAUAAAUAACUAUAAUUAUCUUAAGCAAGCCUUAUCAGAAGGUUUAAACUUAAUUGCAUUGAAUCAAGAACCAUUUCAUUAUGGAUCACAUUAUAGUAAUUCUGGAACAGUACUUCACUUUUUAGUACGAUUACCGCCAUUUACUAGCAUGUUCUUAUGUUAUCAAGAUGACAAUUUUGACAUUCCUGAUCGAACUUUUCAUGCUCUGGCUACCACAUGGAGAUUAACUAGUUGUGACUCAACAACAGAUGUAAAAGAAUUAAUUCCUGAAUUUUUCUAUUUGCCUGAAUUUUUAUUGAAUUCUGAGGGAUUUAAUUUUGGGAUUCGACAAAAUGGUAAUCGAGUAGGAGACGUUGAAUUACCAAAAUGGUGUGGAGGUGAUGCACGACUUUUUAUUCUUGCUCAUAGAGCAGCAUUAGAAGCAGAUCUUGUCAGAGAAGUUUUACCUUAUUGGAUCGAUUUGGUAUUUGGAUUUAGACAAACUGGUAGACCUGCGGUAGAAGCUAUAAAUGUUUUUCAUCCUGCGACUUAUUAUGGAUUCAAUGUUGAACAAAUAGCUGAUCCUUUAGAACGUCAAGCAUGGGAAACGAUGGUACGAACUUAUGGUCAGACACCAGCGCAAUUAUUUAGAGUCGCACAUCCUUUACCAAUUCAGAAUCUUGGAAAUACAGUAGUUCAUAGUUCAUUACCGCAAGUGAUUGAUGGUGUAGAUGGUAUAAAAUGGGGAAAUUAUGUCGGUGCUCCGGGAAAUGAACCAGUUUUAUGUUGGAAACAUAAACAUAGAGCACCUUUAGCAUCUUUAGUUCCUUUAAUUACUGGUGAUGUUUUUGGAUUACCAAGUUAUACAACUUUAUUACUUGCUUACACAAAAGAAAAGGGUACAAAUAUGUUAAGCGGGACAUCUGUAUUGGCGGCCGCUUUAGCAUCAUGGAAUGGUACAGAUGGGAUUGCAAGAUUAAAAUGUAAAAAGGAACAACCACCAAGGCCAUUAAUCAAAUCUUCGGGUCUCGAUCCAAUUACAAUUUUAGGAUCAGCACCAGAUUGUGGACAAUUGUGGAUAGGUCAUUUAUCUGGUAGAAUAACCGUGCACACGUACACAGUUAUAAUAAGCAAAAUUGAUUUCAGUUCAACACCGGCAUCGAUUUUGCUAGCUCAUCGAAGUAGAAUAACAACAAUAUCUUUAUCUCGAGCAUUUAGUAUCGCUGUAACAGGUGACGCAAUUGGUGUUAUCGUUAUUUGGGAUUUAAAUAGUUUAACAUAUAUAAGAUCGAUAUUCUGUGAUCAAAAUUAUCCUAUUCGUUUAUUAUCGAUUAGUGAAACUCUUGGAGAUAUAGCAGUUACCUAUGAAGUUCCUAAGAUAAAUGAAAAUAUGUCUUCCAGUGAAUCCGAAUUAAAAGUAUUUACAAUAAAUGCAAAAGCAGUUGGAUCAAUUUUAUCAAAAACAAAAAUAACAGCUGUUUGUUAUAGCAAUGCACCAGAAGGAGUUUCUGUGAAUGUUAUUGCAACAGGAUUGGAUAAUGGUGUAAUAAGAUUAUGGAGUAGUUGGGAUUUAAAAUUAGUCAGAGAAAUUAUAAAUGGUAUGAAAGGAUGCGGAGCAAUAAUUGCGAUAGCAUGGGCUUUAGAUCAACAUCAUUUUUAUGCUGUAACAGAAGACUUCACAAUUCUCAUAUGGGAGGGAUCUAAACGUCUGAGUAAUGGUACACCAAAAUUUGUGAAUUUAACAUCAAUUUAAUAUAAAUAAACUAAGUCAAAAUAUUUUUUAA